AUGGUGUCUCCUGAGUCAUCUCAUUCGCAGUUUUCUCCCAUGGCGAAGCCUCGAAACCGGUCGUUCUGGUGUUUCUCCGACGGUUUUCUUCACUGCGGUGGUGUUGUUUUAGCUAUAUUCUUAGUUUGCACAUUUUGGUAUUUUUUCACUUCAAAUCUUAACUUCAGUUUCUCCAUUGCCGACCCAUUGUCUAAUUCGGUGGGCUGCAAGGAAAGUGGGUUCGGAGUUAAAUUGAAGGCCGACCCGAAAGACCAGACCUUUUACGACGAUCCAGAGAUGAGCUACUCCGUAGAAAAGCCGGUUAAAGAUUGGGACGAAAAACGCAAAGAGUGGUUAAAGCAUCACCCUUCGUUCGCCGACGGAGCAAGCGAAAGAAUCGUUCUCGUAACCGGAUCCCAACCAAAGCCAUGUAAGAACCCCAUUGGAGAUCAUUUACUCUUGCAUUUUUUCAAGAACAAAGUUGAUUACUGUAGAAUCCAUGGCUACGAUAUCUUUUACAACAACUUGUUAUUACUUUUGAAUUUUUAUGUUUAG